AUGGAGACAUCGGUCCGGAUAAAGGCUUUCAGAUUUGUUGCUUAUUCUGCUGUAACAUUUUCUGUAGUUUCUGUCAUUUCAAUAUGUAUUACUUUGCCGAUGGUUUACAACUUUAUUGCAAACGUGAAGGGUAAAAUGUACAGUGACAUCAAAGACUGUAAGGUAACGGUAAGAGACAUUUGGACCGAUGUUCAAGGCCUUAGGAACGUCGAAACAAUGCGUAAUCGGACAACUCGUGAAGCUUACAGCUACAGAGAAGGACCUCCUAGUAUGCAACACAGUACUGGAGUCAGCAGUGGUGUUAACAGUGCCUUCAAUAUUGGUUUCGGUAGUUCGAGUGGCUUAAGCGGUGGGGCCGGCUGCAACUGCCGCUGUACUCCUGGACAGCCAGGGCGUACAGGUGUUGCUGGGAAGCCUGGCCGUCCUGGACGACCUGGGUCACCAGGUCAACCAGGACUACCU